AUGCAUGUGAAGAGUCAGGUCCUAGAAGUCUUGGAAUAUGGUGGAGAUUUGAUUGUCGGUUCUGAUUUUCACAUCCUAAGACCAAUUCGUAGGAGUGUGAAGGGUCCUGUUCUACAAGUUUUGGGAAGAGGUUGUUCUUUGCAGAUCUCAAGUGUAGUGGGUAAAAAGGUUUGUCUAAGGGCCAUUUCUUUCUUUCCUAGAAAAGGUUUUGAGAGAAUCGG